AUGAAUGAGAAUCUGGUGGUGCCUCCUUGUUGCGUAAAAGUGGGCGGAGCUAAGACAGAUGGUGCAUUGUCAUGCACUUGGGAAAACUCUCCUGACAAUGUGAGGAUAGUUAAGGGGGAAUGUGAAGAUAGGGGUGCGAUCGCCAACUUCGUCGACUACUACUCAGCUGGAACCGUCGAGCUUCUCUUCGUUCCCUCAACGAGUCAAUAUUUCGGAAAGAUGCAUUGUAUGGCGGCGAGAGUCACGUGCGAGGAUCCGAAUGAUAGAUUCCUUCCGUCGACUGGAACUGUGAGAUCUCUGAAAUUCAACUCCAAAUAUCAUUUGAGGAUUGGAGACUCCCAACAGCAGACUACUGUAGAAAUGCUCAAAUAUAGCUCACAAAAUCUCGCAAUCCAUCAAGGAAAAUCGACGGAUUAUGUGUUGGAAGAGACCGAAGAGUUUUAUUUCAUUAAAAUCGGUGGAAACAAACUGAAAUUCUCGAAAAUGGACACGAAUGACGCCUCGUGUCUGAGAUCUCCGUAUACUGGAAAAUUCCUCGAGUACAAGGUUCAAACGGGAGAGUUUCUGGAGGUUGGACAGACUUAUGCACAGAUUGAAUCGAUGAAAAUGGUGUUUGAUGUGGUGACGAAGGUGGCGCCGGGAAGACUGAUCCGAAUUGCUAAGGAAGGAGAUCUGAUUAAUCCGGGAACGAUAUUGGGACGGCUGGAGAUUGAUAAAGCGAUUCAGGAUCAGUUGACGACGAGUGAGAAGUUUGAUGGAGAGAUGAAGGGGUGGAGAGUGGAGGAGAAGACGGAUUUUGAGAAAGCUUAA